CCUCUGUUAACAGGCCGUGUCUGUCUGUCUGUCUGGUGUUGAUGGUUCAGUGAAAUGGCGGCAGCAGCAGCAGCAGCAGCUGUAGUAGCGACUCCUUCAGGUAAAGAUGUGAUAGCCGAGGGUCUGCUGGACCUCCUGAGACCAGCUAUCCAGCAGCUCGACCUGCAUGUUCACUCAGUCAGAGAAAGCCAGGUAGAGUUAAGAGAACAUAUAGACAAUCUGGCCACAGAGUUGUGCCGGAUAAAUGAGCAUCAGAAGGUGGCUCUGGACCUGGACCCUUACGUGAAGAAGCUGCUGAACGCCAGACGCAGAGUAGUGCUAGUAAACAACAUCCUGCAGAAUGCUCAGGAACGUCUGAGACGACUCAACCACAACGUGGCCAAGGAGACGGCCCGCAGGAAGACCAUGCUGGAGGCUUCAGGAGUGUUCACCACCCGCUCCCCCAGUAAACCCUGAGCCUCCUCCUCUGUGGACUGUCCUGACCGGGAGGGACGCAUCAGCACUGGAACCUAACACGAGGAGUCUUCCUUUGACUUUUAGUUAGCUGUUUGUCUUAAUGACAAACUGCACCGCUUCGUCUCAUGUUGUCAUAAUACACAUCCUGGCUGCUCUCUGCUCAGCGUUAGGCAGCUACAGAAUAGAUCGCUCCUGGUGUUUUUAUAGGCCGACCAGGAAGUUCGCUUCGCCCUGAGUUCCCUCCACUAACAGCCAAUGGGAUUGUUCCUUUGGGUUUUGGGUUAUUGCAGAAAAUCCGCUCUGUGGCAAACACAUGUUUAUAAUUCUUCCACGUUUAGUUCAACAAGAUAAUCUCCACUAAUGAACACCACUUCUAUGGGUCUUUUAAGUGUGAAUGCAAUCGCCAGAAGUAAAACGCUAACGUUAUAAAGGCUAUAAACAAACUACACCACGGUCGCAUGAACACGAGUAUAAACACCACGAGGAUGUAAAGGAAGACGAGUCGGCGUGAUGAUGCUUAGUAGUUUCAUUUAGCCACUUGUUAGCAACCGCCUUUUUUAACCCUCUGAGACCCACAAUAGACCCGUUCUAGUCUUCUUCAGGAGGGUGUUUAGGGGGAGAUAACAGGUCAACAGUAGAUGUCACAUAUGUGUUGUACAUCAUCUGAAAGCUGAGAACCUGAAAAUUAAUUUGAGAUCCAGCUCAACGCUGUGUGUCAAGUUCUAGUCAUAGACUACAUUGACCUGCUGUCUCCCUCUCAAGACCCCCUGGAUUCCCCUAAAAGACAAAAACAGGUCUAUUGUGGGUCUCAGAAGGUUAAUCAAAGGCCACAUGGAGGUCUUUGCUCUCGUAACGCAAGAAGAGGCGGAGCACUUAUUACACAAAAUCUUCCUCUUCCAUUUUCAAUGCAAACAAAAAUGAAUAAAAACUCAUAUCCAGAAAUCAUCAUUAAAAAAAACCCAAAUAUAAAUGAAUUCACCAUAAACAGAACUGUUAACCUAAGAGGAGGAAUUCACUUUGAUAUAACCUGAUGCAUUUCAUUCAUUAAUAGCAUUGGAUCAUGAAAAGAAGUUUCAUAAUAAAGUAAUCUUUGACAAUGUAACUGUAAUCUAUUUGCAGUCUUUUCAGAUGGAAUCCGGGUUGAUGAUAGUUACUUAUUUAUUUGUAAUCUGAUUAUGUAAUCCUAUACUACCCAACCCUACUAACCAGCAUGCACUGGGGCGAUGGAAUUGUUCUAAUUGAUCUGGCGUUGCUGCUCUGUUGCUGGUGUUAUUAUUGUGAUCUGCAACGUGUCCACUCGUGUUCACAUUCCACAUUAUUGUACAAUGAAGUCAAUACAAGUGAAUGCAGCUACACUGAGA